UGAGCAGUUGGCACCCAUCCACCCACUGGCCUGCUUCUCCAGGAUUUUGGAGUUUGCUUCCUGACUGAGAGAGAUGGCUCUAGCCUGGAGACAUUUGCCGAAAAAUUUCCAACUGGAGAUCUACCCUCCCAGGAUCCCUAAGAUGUGCCCAUUCCUGAAACGUGUUUCCUGGAUAUCCGUACCCAAGCUCACGCUCCAUGCAAAGCCCAGUAUGCCUCCGUGUGAUUUCUCACCUGAAAGAUACCAGUCCCUCGCCUACAGCCGUGUCCUGGAGAUCCAUAAGCAGUAUCUUUCUCCUGUGGAAGCAGCCUAUUUCCAGACACCCUUACUGCUCCACCAGGGCCACAUGGAGUGGCUAUUUGAUUCUGAGGGGAAAAGAUACCUGGAUUUCUUCUCUGGGAUCGUCACUGUUAGUGUCGGUCACUGCCACCCGAAGGUAAAUGCUGUGGCACAAAGGCAGCUUGGCCGCCUGUGGCAUACAAGUUCUGUCUUCUUCCACCCUCCGAUGCAUGAAUACGCAGAGAGACUUUCCGCACUUCUUCCUGAGCCUCUCAAGGUCAUUUUCCUGGUGAACAGUGGCUCAGAAGCCAAUGACUUGGCCAUGCUGAUGGCCAGAGCACACUCAAAUAACACGGACAUCAUUUCUUUCAGAGGAGCCUAUCAUGGAUGCAGUCCUUACACACUUGGCUUGACAAAUGUAGGGAUCUUCAAGAUGGAACUACCCAGCGGAAUGGGCUGCCAAUCAACAAUGUGCCCAGAUGUUUUCCGUGGCCCUUGGGGAGGAAGCCACUGUCGAGAUUCUCCAGUGCAAACAAUUAGGAAAUGCAGCUGUGCACCAGACUGUUGCCAAGCUAAAGAGCAGUAUAUUGAACAGUUCAAAGAUACACUGAACACAUCUGUGGCCAAGUCAAUUGCAGGAUUUUUCGCAGAACCAAUUCAAGGCGUGAACGGCAUUGUCCAGUACCCAAAAGGGUUUCUAAAGGAAGCCUUUGAGCUGGUGCGAGAGAGGGGAGGCGUAUGCAUUGCCGAUGAAGUGCAGACAGGAUUUGGAAGGUUGGGCUCUCACUUCUGGGGUUUCCAAACCCACGAUGUGCUGCCUGACAUCGUCACUAUGGCUAAAGGCAUUGGCAAUGGCUUUCCCAUGGCUGCAGUUGUGACCACUUCAGAGAUUGCCAAAUCUUUGGCCAAACGCAUACUGCACUUCAACACCUUUGGAGGAAGCCCCUUAGCCUGCGCCAUUGGAUCUGCUGUGCUUCAGGUGAUUAAAGAAGAAAAUCUACAGGAAAAUAGUCAAGAUGUCGGUACCUACAUGUUACAGAAGUUUGCUAAGCUGAGGGAUGAGUUUGACAUCAUUGGAGAUGUCAGAGGCAAAGGCCUCAUGAUAGGGAUAGAGAUGGUGCAGGACAAGAUAAGCUGCCAGCCUCUUCCACGUAAAGAAGUAAAUCAAAUCCAUGAGGACUGCAAAGACAUGGGACUCCUUGUGGGCAGAGGAGGCAUCUUCUCUCAGACUUUCCGUAUUGCACCCCCAAUGUGCGUCACUAAGCCAGAAGUUGAUUUUGCAGUGGAAGUAUUCCGUUCCGCCUUAAUUCAACACACAGAGAGAAGAGCUAAGUGAACAUUUCAGAAAUAAAAAUAACCACAAGCCUCGAGAACUCCUCACGAUGUGCAAGGAUUGAAUUUGAGGGAUUUCAAAACCACUGGCAUUGGGUGAAAAACUGCAGCUCUCCAGAGCACUUGGAAAGACAUGGUUGACUCCCUACUGGCCGAAUUUUUUUUUUUUAGACUUAUUAACAAUUCUAUCCUUCAAGAAAUUGUCUCCGUCCUUGGCUUACAAAAUAGACCCCAAUUAAUAUAGAUGAGUGUAUGAUCAUUGCAUCUCCUUUUGCAUUAUCUGGUUUAUGGAGGAUUUGUGGGGCAUGCUUGUGGCCAAUGAAUACUGAAGGAAAAAACAAUGUGUGGCAGCAUCUCCAGAGGAAUGUUCCCUGGCCUUCCACCCUUUCGCUCAGGAGAUGUCUCUUGCUGAACUGAGGACACUGAAUACCAAGGUGGGAUCCCUCAAAGCACGUCAGCACCAGGGGCUGAGAAAAUAAAGGCUGCCCAGGGCGGAGGACACACAGAAGCUGAGUGCCUACUACUCAUCUCCAUGAAUCACUGAGGGUGCAUCCCGAAGCUACCCAAUCUCGGUGGGUCCUGCCCUGAGAAAAUAAAUUCACUGUAGCGCAUAAA